AUGAAAAGCAUGAAUCCUACAAUAGAUAAUCCGAUACGAUUUUCAAACCACACAAUGGAUAAGGCAACAAAAGCCAAAGUUACUUUAGAGAAUUAUUAUAGUAAUUUGAUAGCGCAACAUGGAGAGCGAAAACAGCGUUUAGCAAAAUUAGAAGCAUCACUCAAAGACGAAGGAUUGACAGAGUCUCAGAGACAAGAAAAACGAGCCCAACAUGCACAAAAAGAAACUGAAUUUCUUCGCCUUAAAAGAUCAAGACUCGGCGUAGAGGAUUUUGAUCCGCUUAAAGUCAUUGGACGAGGUGCAUUUGGUGAAGUUCGAUUAGUUCAGAAAAAGGACACUGGACAUGUUUAUGCUAUGAAAGUACUCAGGAAAGCAGAUAUGCUCGAGAAAGAACAAGUGGCGCAUGUAAGAGCUGAACGUGAUGUAUUGGUGGAAGCAGAUCAUCAAUGGGUCGUAAAAAUGUACUACAGCUUUCAGGAUCAUGUGAAUUUAUACUUAAUUAUGGAAUUUUUGCCUGGUGGUGACAUGAUGACAUUAUUAAUGAAGAAAGAUACACUGAGUGAAGAGUGUACACAAUUUUAUAUAGCUGAGACAGCAUUAGCAAUUGAUUCAAUACAUAAAUUAGGAUUCAUACAUAGAGAUAUAAAGCCCGAUAAUCUUCUUCUCGACGCCAGAGGACACUUGAAACUUUCUGACUUUGGGCUAUGCACAGGACUCAAAAAAUCUCAUCGUACAGAUUUUUAUCGUGAUUUAUCUCAAGCUAAGCCAUCUGAUUUUAUUGGAACAUGUGCGAGUCCUAUGGAUUCAAAACGACGUGCUGAAAGUUGGAAACGUAAUCGACGAGCAUUAGCUUAUAGUACAGUUGGAACACCAGAUUAUAUUGCAGUUGAAGUGUUUUUACAAACUGGUUAUGGUCCUGCUUGUGAUUGGUGGUCACUCGGUGUGAUCAUGUAUGAAAUGUUAAUGGGAUAUCCACCGUUCUGCUCAGAUAAUCCACAAGAUACAUAUCGAAAAGUAAUGAAUUGGAGAGAAACUCUAAUCUUUCCACCCGAAACACCAAUAUCGGAAGAGGCACGUGAAACAAUAAUAAGAUUUUGUUGUGAAGCUGAGCGUCGUUUAGGCUCACAGAAGGGCAUUGAGGAGCUUAAAACAAUACCAUUUUUCAAAGGAGUUGAUUGGGAACAUAUCCGUGAACGUCCUGCUGCAAUUCCUGUAGAAGUUCGAUCAAUCGACGACACAUCCAACUUUGACGAUUUCCCUGAUGUAUCUUUAGAAAUUCCAUCUGCCCCAUGUCCACAAGACGGUGAAGUUCUAAAAGAUUGGGUAUUUAUCAAUUAUACGUUUAAACGCUUUGAAGGACUUACGCAGCGAGGAACACCCACACACAAAUAG